AUGAGAAGGAAAAUCUCCCUGUCAGAUCCCAUUGAAAUCUCCAUUUCGGGUACUGCUGCUCCACUGCUGCUAAGAUUGCGUCAAUGGGCUCUGGAGGGAGCCAGCAGCCAGUGCUCUUCAGAUGGGAGCAUAGGACUUGCAACAUGGGGCCCAAGAAAGACAAGGAACACAGCAAUGGGAAAGGAAAGCAGAAGGCCUCAGCACCCUUCCUACCUUCAAAGAUGGUCCUUCCAUCGUCCCACUGCAGCGAGCAAAGCCAACACUGGGCAAUCCUCUAAAAUGUUUAUUUGGACCAGUGGCCGGAGCUCUACAUCUUACAGACAUGAUGAGAAAAGAAAUAUUUACCAAAAAAUCAGGGAUCACGACCUACUGGACAAAAGGAAAACAGUCACAGCGCUCAAAGCUGGAGAAGACCGGGCCAUACUCCUCGGGCUGGCCAUGAUGGUGUGCUCGAUCAUGAUGUACUUCCUCCUGGGAAUCACCUUGCUGCGGUCUUACAUGCAAAGUGUCUGGACAGAAGAGGCUCAGUGCUCACUCCUCAAUGCAUCCAUCACAGAAACCUUCAACUGCUCAUUUAGCUGCGGCCCAGACUGCUGGAAAAUCUCUCAGUACCCCUGCCUCCAGGUGUAUGUAAAUCUCACCUCUUCUGGCCAGAAGCUUCUGCUCUACCACAACGAGGAAACAAUGAAAAUUAAUUCUGAGUGUUCGUACAUACCCAAGUGCGGCAAGAAUUAUGAGGAAUCCAUGUCGCUGGUGAACGUCGUGAUGGAAAACUUCAGGAAGUACCAACGCUUCUCCUGCUUCUACGACCCUGAAGGUGUUCAGAAGAAUGUGAUAUUAACCAAACUGUACAGCUCCAACGUGCUGUUCCACUCCCUCUUCUGGCCCACCUGCAUGAUGAUUGGCGGGGUCGCCAUCGUCGCGAUGGUAAAGCUGACUCAAUACCUUUCCCUCCUUUGCGAGAGAAUCCAAAGGAUCAACAGAUAA